UUUAUGGCCACCAACGACCUGAUGAUGGAACUGCAGAAAGAUUCGAUAAAACUAGAUGAAGACAGCGAGAAAAAAGUUGUGAAAAUGCUUUUGAAAUUGCUGGAGGACAAAAAUGGGGAAGUACAGAACCUCGCUGUCAAAUGCCUGGGCCCGCUGGUUGGCAAAGUGAAGGAGUACCAGGUGGAAACCAUUGUGGAUACGCUGUGUACAAACAUGUUAUCUGACAAGGAGCAGCUGCGGGAUAUCUCCAGCAUUGGACUGAAAACUGUCAUCUCUGAGCUGCCACCAGCUUCUACAGGCUCCACUAUGACAGCAAAUGUGUGCAAAAAGAUCACAGCCCAGCUGACGGGAGCCAUUGGCAAGCAGGAGGAUGUAUCUGUGCAGCUGGAGGCUCUCGACAUCCUGUCAGAUAUGCUGAGCAGACUAGGGGGAACACUCUACUCUUUCCAUUCCUCCAUUCUGAACUGCCUCCUUCCCCAGCUGACAAGCCCCAGGCUGGCAGUACGUAAAAGAGCCAUCAUUGCCUUGGGUCAUCUUGUCUUGACCUGCAGUGGAAACAUCUUCUCAGAGCUCACAGAGCAUCUGCUUGCCGAGCUGAAGAGGAAUGAGUCUACUUCUACUACCAGGACGUACAUUCAGUGUGUUGCUGGCAUCAGUAGGCAGGCUGGACACCGCAUAGGAGAACAUCUGGAGAAAAUAAUUCCUCUGAUUGUUCAGUACUGUAAUGUGGAAGAUGAUGAGCUGAGAGAGUACUGCUUUCAAGCCUUCGAGUCUUUUGUGAGAAGGUGCCCAAAGGAAAUUGAUCCUCACAUCCCUAAUGUGAUGGGGUUAUGUUUGAAGUACCUCACCUUUGACCCAAACUACAACUAUGAUAACGAGGAGGAGGAAGAGGAAGAGAUGAUGGAAACUGAAAAUGGGGAGGAUGAGGAGCAAGAAAGCGAUGAUGAGUACAGCGAUGAUGAUGACAUCAGCUGGAAAGUCCGCAGGUCCGCAGCGAAGUGCCUGGAGGCCAUUGUCAGCAGCAGGCACGAUCUCCUUCAGGACUUCUACAAAACUCUUUCCCCAGUCUUGAUAAGCAGGUUCAAAGAGAGGGAGGAGAAUGUCAAAGCUGACAUCUUCAGCGCUUAUAUCUCCUUGCUGAAGCAAACACUGCCCACCCAGAGCUGGCUGCAUGCUUCAGAUGCCUCUGGCAAAGGUGACGUUCCCCUGACAAUGCUUCAGAACCAGGUCCCCAACAUCAUCAAGGCCUUGCACAGGCAGCUCAAAGAAAAGAGCAUCAAAUCGAGACAGGGCUGUUUCAGCCUCCUGACAGAACUGGCCAGUGUUCUUCCUGGUUGCCUGGCAGAUCACAUCCCUGCCCUCGUCCCUGGUAUUGUUUUCUCCCUGGCCGAUAAAUCCAGCUCCUCCAACAUGAGAAUUGAUACACUCUCUUUCCUUCAUGUUCUUCUUUGCAACCACCAGCCAGAGGUAUUUCAUCCUCAUAUCAAAAGCCUGUUACCUCCUGUCGUGACCUGUAUUGGAGACCCCUUUUAUAAGAUCACUUCAGAAGCUCUGCUGGUUACUCAGCAACUUGUGAAAGUUAUCAGGCCUUUGGAUAAAUCUUGCACUUUUGAUGCCAAGCCCUAUGUGAAGGACCUUUUCCCUGGUACUCUGAAGCGACUGAAGGCAGCUUAAGAGUGUGCUAUCUCCUGCAUGGGACAAAUUAUUUACAAUCUGGGAGACCAUUUAAGCACUGAUCUCCAGCCAACCUUGAAGAUAUUUCUGGAGAGGCUCAAAAAUGAAAUCACCAGAUUGACAACAGUCAAAGCAUUAACCCUAAUUGCUAGCUCUCCACUUAAAAUAGAUUUGAGACCCAUUCUAGGGGAAGGUUUCCCCAUUCUAGCUUCCUUCUUGAGAAAAAACCAACGUGCCUUGAAACUGAGCACUCUGACUGCUCUGGACAUGCUGGUGAAGAACUACAGUGAUAGCCUCAAGCCUGCCAUGAUAGAGUCUGUCCUAACAGAGCUCCCUGCUUUAAUUACUGAGAAUGACAUGCAUGUUUCCCAAGUGGCUAUCAUGUUCCUUACUACUUUGGCUAAGGUUUAUCCAUCCUGCAUCUCUAAGAUCAGUGGUUCAGUUCUUGCUGAAAUCUUUCAGCUUGUCCACUCGCCUUUGCUUCAAGGAGGGGCACUGAGCGCCAUCAUAGACUUCUUCCAGGCUCUGGUUCUGACGAAGACGGCCGCCGUGGGUUACUCAGAGCUGAUGAAGCAGCUGACUGCACCUAUUUACUCCUCAGGUUCAGCCGGGGCAUCAGUGGCAUUACACAAACAUGCGUAUUACUCUGUCGCAAAGUGCGUGGCAGCCCUUUCCUCAGCCUGCCCAAAGGAAGCCCCUGCGAUAGUGACCCAGUUUAUCCAGGAUGUAAAAAACCCCAAGUCCAGCUCUGCUGUUAAAGUGCUAGCUUUCCUUUCACUGGCAGAGAUGGGGCGCACCACGAACCUCAGUGCUCAGAGAGAGCUCAAAACCGUCAUCCUGGAAGCAUUCGCUUCCCCCAGCGAAGAGGUAAAAUCCGCUGCUUCCUAUGCGCUGGGGAACAUCAGUGUUGGGAAUCUGAGGGAGUAUCUUCCCUUCAUGCUGAAAGAGAUCGGAAGCCAGCCCAAGAGACAGUACCUCCUGCUGCACUCUCUAAAAGAAGUCAUCAGCUCCUCCCCAGCUGAUGGCCUCAAACCUUACGUGGAGGAUAUUUGGGCUCUGCUUUUCAAGCACUGUGAGUGCACCGAGGAAGGGACGCGCAAUGUGGUGGCUGAAUGCUUGGGGAAGCUGACUUUGGUGAAUCCUUCUGAGCUGCUGCCCUGGUUGAAAAAACAGCUGUCAUCAGGCUCUCCCCAUGCCCGGAGCACGGUGGUAACUGCAAUCAAAUUCACAAUUGCAGACCAGCCUCAGCCUAUCGAUACUCUCCUGAAAGGCUGCAUAGGUGACUUCUUAAAAACUCUUCAAGAUCCAGAUCUGAAUGUUCGACGUGUGGCUUUAGCCAUGUUUAAUUCUGCUGCUCACAACAAACCUUCUUUAAUCCGAGAUUUACUAAACGCAGUUCUCCCCAGCCUGUACAAUGAAACGAAGGUCAGAAGGGAACUCAUCCGGGAGGUAGAAAUGGGGCCAUUCAAGCACACAGUGGAUGAUGGCCUUGACGUGAGGAAAGCUGCCUUUGAAUGCAUGUAUACACUGCUGGAAAGCUGCCUUGACCGACUGGAUAUGUACGAGUACCUGAACCAUGUGGAGGAUGGACUGAAGGAUCACUACGACAUUCGGAUGCUGACUUUCAUAAUGUUGGCUCGGCUGUCCACACUCUGUCCCAGCGCCGUGCUGCAACGGCUCCACCCUGAUAUUCGACUGAUCGAGCCACUCCGGGCAACUUGCUCCACAAAGGUAAAAGCUGGGUCUGUGAAACAGGAGUUUGAGAAGCAGGAUGAACUGAAGCGAUCUGCUAUGAGAGCAGUGGCUGCUCUCCUGACCAUCCCUGAGGUGGAGAAAAGUCCAGUGAUGGCUGAGUUUUCAUCUCAGAUCAGAUCUAAUCCCGAAAUGGCAUCGCUAUUUGAGAGCAUUCAGAAAGAUUCUGCCUCCCUACCUGCCUCAGAGUCAAUGGACAUGAGCUAA